AAUACAAUACAAUUCCCCUUCUUCCUUACUCUCUUCCACCAUUGCCCAAAAUGAUCAAUUUCAAACAAAUGGCCGUUCCCCAGUCUGUCUCCGCCGUCUUCUCCGCCUAUGCCUCUUUCGCCACCACCAUGAUGCUCAUCCGUUCCCUCACCAACGAACUCCUUCCUGCCAAAUUCAUUUCCCUUCUCUCUUCAAUUUAUGUCUACUUUUUCGGAUCCCUUUCUUCUCAGACUAAGUUUGUUAUCGACGAGAGUUCUGGGCUCUCCCCGAAUGAAGUUUUUCAGGCCGCCGAUAUUUAUCUCCGUACCAUAAUCAGCCCUUCUACGGACAUUCUCAAGGUCCACAAAACUGCCCGCCAGCAAAAUAUCACGCUUUCCAUCUAUAAGGACCAAGAAAUCACCGAUUACUUCCAAAACAUUCGCCUCCAGUGGAAAUUGGUUUGUUCCGCAGAUUCACAUGAUAAAAAAGAGAAACGCCACUUUGAGCUUUUGUUCCCCAAGAAAUUCAAAGACAGAGUUGUUGAUUUCUAUUUGCCUUAUGUGUUGAGGAAAGCCAAGGAGAUUAAAGGGGAGAAUAAAACUGUGAGGAUAUGUAGCCAAGAUAUUAGUGGUGGUGAUGAGGAAUCACCCUUUGCAUGGUGGGGCUCGGUAAAUCUAGACCAUCCGUCUACGUUUGAUACACUGGCCAUGGACCCUGAGUUGAAGCAAUGGAUAAUCGACGAUUUGGAUAGGUUCGUUAGAAGGAAAGAUUUCUAUAGAAAAGUGGGGAAGGUUUGGAAGAGGGGAUAUUUGUUGUAUGGUCCUCCUGGUACGGGAAAAUCAAGCUUAAUUGCCGCCAUGGCUAACUACCUUAAGUUUGACAUUUACGAUUUGGAUCUCUCCAGCAUCGAUAGCAAUAGAGAUCUCAUGAGGAAUCUGUUACCCACCAAGAAUCGAUCGAUCUUAGUGAUUGAGGAUAUAGAUUGCAGUGUGCAAAUACAGAAUCGAGAGAUUGACAGAGGAUAUGGUAGACCCAAUGGCAAGUUUACGUUGUCGGGGAUGCUUAAUUUCAUUGACGGAUUAUGGUCAAGUUGUGGAGACGAAAGAAUCAUAAUCUUUACAACGAACCACAAGGAGAAAUUGGAUCCAGCAUUGCUGAGGGCGGGUCGUAUGGAUGUGCAUAUACACAUGUCGUAUUGUAGCCCCAAAGGGUUGAAAGUGCUGGCGUCGAAGUACCUUGGGGAGGAAGCAACUGAGCAUGGUGUGUACGGAGAAAUAGAAGAGUUGAUAGGAGCUGAUAUGGAAGUAUCACCGUCAGAGAUAGCGGAAGAACUAAUGAAGGGGGAGCAGUUGGAGGCAGUUCUUGGAGGUCUGUUGAAUUUCCUGAAACGUAAAAGGGAAGAAAAGAUGAAAGAGAAAAAAAGAGAAGGGGAUGGUAAAAUUGAGGAAGUAGUAAAAGAAGAAGAAUUAAAAGAAGGAGAAAGUGUGAAUUGAGAAAUAAAUGGGAAAGAAAUUGUAGAUGGGAUAGGAUGCAUGAAGAGGGGGUGUGUACUGUGUGGCGAUGAUGAUUUAUGUGAAUUCCAGUUUUUGUGAUUAGGGUUUUGUUUGGCUGAGGCCGAGUUGAGAGAAUGUGAUGAAUAGAAAACACCAUGCAUGAUGAACAGCUAAUGUUGGUGUCAUACAAAAUUAAUUAACAUGAAACAUAAUGUGAUCAUACUCAUAUAUUAAAUAAUAGAAACAUAAGUUUAGCAA